AUGCCUGUCGAAAGCUUCCCCCCUAUCUCUGUCGGUCUUAUGGGUACCGGAGAGUAUACCACCGGUAUCACUCCUAGUGGUCAAUCCAAGUCAGACAAGAAAAUUGGUGUUGUCGGUAUCACUAUGUUUGACCUCAGACGAAGAGGAAAGGUUUCUGAUAUCGUUAUGGCUGGUACAAAUGGUGGAAAGUUCCCUGAAAUCCAACAACAUUUCCAAAAGAAUAUUGGAGAUGUCUACAAGGGACUUGAUCUCAGUUUCCGUGGUUUCCCAGAAGGCAAUCUUCGAAAUGCUGAAGCCUACAAGGAAGCUCUUCGAGCUCUUCCCAAAGGUUCGGCGGUCAUCAUCUUCACUCCUGACAGCACACAUUUCCCAAUUGCUUCAGAGGCUUUGAACCUUGGUCACCACGUAUUGGUCACCAAACCUGCCACUCAAAAACUCGAGGAUCACAUCAAAUUGAUUGAACUGGCAGAAGAGAAAGGGUUGGUAUGCUUCGUAGAACAUCACAAGCGAUUCGAUCCCGCUUACAACGAUGCUCGAGCACGAGCCCAAAAGCUCGGUGAAUUCAACUUCUACAACUCUUACAUGUCACAACCUAAGAUGCAACUUGAAACAUUCAGGUCAUGGGCAGGUAUCGACUCUGAUAUCUCCUACUACCUUAACUCUCACCACAUCGAUAUCCACUGUUGGAUGGUUGAAGGUCGAUAUAAACCCACCAAAGUAACCGCUUCUGCUUCCACCGGUAUCGCUACUUCUAUGGGCUGUGACCCUAGAACUGAAGAUACUAUCACCCUUCUUGUAGACUGGGAAAACAUUGAGACCCCUACUCAAAGAGGUACCGCUGUCUACACUGCUUCAUGGGCUGCCCCAUUGAAGGCUGGUGUUCACUCAGAACAAAGAUUCCAUUACAUGGCCGCAAAGGGUGAAGUCCGAGUAGACCAAGCUCACAGAGGAUACAGCAUUGUAGAAGACGAUAUUGGCAAACUUGAUUACAACCCCUUCUACGUCAAGUAUAGUCCCGAUGAAGAUGGUUUCUUUGACGGUCAAAAAGGUUACGGAUACGUCUCUUUGGAGAAAUUCAUUGAUGCCGCUCAAAAAGUUUCAGCUGGUAAAUCAAAAGCUUCCGACUAUGAAGGAAAGGGUCUUCCAACAGUCAGAGCAACUGUCCUCACAACGGCUAUCAUCCACGCUGGACGUAUCUCACUCGACGAAAAGCGAGCCGUAGGUAUCACCGAAGAAGGCGGUAAGCUCAGAUUGGUAUAA